CCGCGAGCUAUAUAUGGCGCUCCCAGCCGACCUCUUGAGUCUCAGCCAGGAUGGACCUCUUAUUUGUGUUGGGGGUAGGUUUCUUUGGGCUGAUCAUCCCAUGUCAAUGUAUAGAUUUCAUGGACGUAAUCCUGAAUGAUACAAACAUAGAACAGGAAUGGGCAUCCUCGGAUCAGGAAGCUGAAAAUUUUGUGAAGAAUAUAAAAGUUUUAAAACUUCUGCCUUUGAAUAAAGAAUGGAAAAGCAAAUUCGGUGACAGCGCGAUACAAGCAGACGGCAAAAAGAUGGAGUCUGUGCCGUUAGUCCUAAUACUGGCUGCAGCUGGCGGUUCUGAAGAAAUGAGGGAUAGAUCGCAACCAGAGACCUCUGUUGAUAUGAAGUCGAUACUUAUUAGUGACGAAGAUUUAGAAAAUAUUAGAGAAGAAGAUGAAGAUCAAAAUACAGAUUCAAAUCUAAGUUUAACUGUAACAAAUCCAGAAGUAGAAGAUUCUGUUAAAAAGAUGGAAGAAGCUUUGGAUAUUGUCAGAGAAGAAUUAAGAACAACCGACCAGCCGUUUAAUGAUCAAAACAAAGUUCAAGAAAUAGAUAAAGAACUUGUAGCAGAAAUAGAAGAAAUUAGGAAUGAUAUAGAUCAAGCUAUAUUGGAUUGCAAGAAGGACAAAAAUUGCAAAUUUACACCAGACGUGGACAGUUCAGAGGUGGCAGAAGAUAUAUUUUUUAGUCAAGAAAAAUACAGUUUAGGGGAUUUAGAUCAGCGUUUAGUUGAUGAGAAAAGUCUAGAUAAAACUUAUAGACUAUCGAUCGUGAUCAAUAAAUAUAUAAUUGUUAAAUAAAUAAUAAUUACGAGAAAGACAUCGGAACCCAAUAUAUCACUGGGACCUUUCGCUGUCAUUAUUUAAUGGAAUUGUUAAAUUCAAAUAAAGAUUACAUAUAUAUAUUUUUUUCAAUUUGCAAA